AGGACCUUUGCUGCCCAGCCUGGGGAAUCUUAUGAAACUGUAAAUGCUGGAAUUCAAAGUCUGUAUUUGACACCUCCCAUAACACCGAAACGAAAUGUGUGCAUUGACUGCAUGCCAUCAGAAGUGCUGCUGAAGAUAUUUUCCUAUUUGGAUGCUGUGUCCCUGUUAUCUCUUGGUUGUGUGAAUAAGCGCUUCUAUGAGCUGGCCAAUGACAAUGGAAUUUGGCUGAAACUCUAUUCCAGUUCUUUGCACCCAAAAUGGACAAUUAGGAAAAUGAAGUCUAAACACACAGAAACUGUUUCUUUGGGCUGUGCUACUCUACAUGAUAAAAAGCCUGGGUACUGGAAGAAAGAAUACAUCAUCAAACAAGUGUCUGCCUUCAAAACUAGAGUAAUGCGGCUCGUUAAAUUUCUAGAUCCUUAUACAGGCCUUCCAUGUAAAAACAAAGAAGCUAUGAAAGUCUCUGGCUUGAGUUGGAUAAUUGUUCUAAAGGACAAAAAUGGAAAAGAGCAUGUAGUAGAGAAGUCAAACCUAUCAUUUAAGGACACAUCUGUUACCAUACUUUGGAAUGAUACAGACUGGCCAUGCUUGGACAUCCUGUCAACCCUAAAACUGUUUGGAGUUACACCAUUUCUUCCUGACCAGUGCAGACCUCCUAACAAGAAUGGACCUCGUCGAUUUUCCUUGAUGGCUGAAUACCAUCUUGCUAACCUCACUGAAAGUAGUGUAGCAGUUGGUGCUGAUGAGCUUGUCCAGCUCUUCAGUCUGAGUCCAGGACUGUUAGUAGGAAUUUGGAAGGUGAAAAAUGAAAUUGCUUUUGUUAUGGCGAAUCUUCAUUAUAAUCAACUUCUUGAGAGAAGCAUUUUGGGUUCUGCUACUGUUCAAUAUGCUCCUCCACCUAAUAAACCUUUACUGGAUGAUGUUGACUCAGAAUAUGGCCUGCAUGACUACAGCCUGCAUCUUGAUCUCCAUGGCAGAAACUGCAUGUACCUGUGUGGAACAUUCAAGUGCCUCUUCUGCAGAAAACGUGACAUUGAAAAUGGAUACCUGAGGCUCAGAGUUGUAAACUUAAAGGAUAAUAGGAAGCACUUGCCUAUUAUUGGGACACUUGGCAUAUGCUGGGAAACAGAUGUGUUUAAAGGCAAUGUAAAGGACUGCUUUGUGAUGGAUCUGACUCUCUUGGAUGAAACUGGAAAGCCCUUCUGGUGUUUUAGUGCUCCGGUCCACAUGAAAUUGUCUGCCAAGUCAUCUGGCCUUUAUGACUACAUGGGUCAUAUCUAUACUGCAGACUAUGCGGAUUCAGAGGGGAAAGUCUCUGUUGAGUUUGUAUGGUUGGAAGAAACCAAGGAAUAUAUUAUAGUCAGUUUGGUGCUUUAUGUAAGCACCAAAAAGGUAAAUAGCUGGUAUGGAACAAACUACUGACUUAAUUAGGUCACUAAUUUCCUUACUUUAAAAACCAAGCCAAACAAGCAACCCUCCUGCAACAAAAACCACAAUAAACUGUUGGUGCUUAAGAUAGACACAAAUGAGCAAGACUGUUCAUUCAAGUUUUCCAGCAACAAGUGCAAUUGCUUAUUUGUUUCUUAUUGGCAAUUGAGGGAUGAAAGAGACAUAUUGAUGUGAGAGGUUUUCUUCUCUGUUGAACAUUACAUGGUUAGUCUGUUUCUCACUAGCUAUAUUGAAAUUAUUUUUAGGAGGAUUUUUUUUUUGUAGACACCUGUUACUUUGGUUAAGGAAUUGUUUCUUUGGAGAGCCAUACUGUGAAGAUGCCUCCUUACCUUACAUAAGCUACACUGGUUUUGACAACAUUGACUUUUAUGCUUAGUAGUAAAACAAGAUGUGUGCUGUUCACUCCAGAUUUGUUGUAGUGUUGUUGGUAAAUUACAGAUUUUGUUGAACGCUUUUUCCAGAACAACUUCACUUAAAUAUAUUUUAGUAAAAAAUUGAAAGGGUAGAUGGGAAUUCAGAUCUGAAAAAUAUGUCAGUCAAGGCAUUUAUUAAGAAAGUCAUGUGUAAAAUUUAUGACAUCUCUUUAAAUUCCUUUUUGUUCUGUUUUCCCAUGUUCUUUGACCUUGUCUGACUUGAGCCUAGAUACUUGCCUCACAUAUUGGCUUAUGGGUGUCCCAAUUAUCAGCCAACCUUAGCUGAUAUUUGUUCUUACUGAAUGCAUGUAACAUCCAGUUGUUUCAGAAACAAUGUAUGUCUGAUGCUAUUGUUUAUCUAACAAUAUGAAUCCAUAUAAAAAAUUGAAUAUAUGUGCUGAUCUUUCCAGUUCCUUGGAGUAACUUUAGAA